AUGACCACCAGCUCCUGGUGGGAACACUUGGCAUGUCUUGUGCCUGACUCUCUGCUGACUUUUCCAGCAUUCCGGUCGAUCAAACCGGUCUGGCCUCAACACGAGAUCAAAUUACGAGGUCGUCGCGCCUUGCGCUUUGCCGUAACCUGUUACUUCAAUAUCAUGCAAGACGAUAGCUAA